AUGGAUGAAGCUGCGAAAAUAGGCGGACCAGAAGGGUUCAUGCAAGCAGAGAUUGACGGUGUGGAAUCGAGUCUGGCAGAAAAGUUGCUGCAGAGAGGCUACGGAUUGGACUCUAGUCCGACUAAAGAGAGCGUAGGGAACUGGAGUGUACCUGGUGGCAGCUCGAAUGACGAUAAAAGUGACGGAAUUGUGCUGCCUCAAACGUCUCAUGAUACGUUCAGGAAUCGGUUGGUGGAGUUUUACACCAAGUUCAACCCCGUCAAGUUGACUAGUAUCAAUCAGACGUUGGAAACGUACGUGAUAGUGAAGACGAGCUGUUCGGAAACAGGCGAGUCGGUAUGUGGAUGGCGCUGGUGCUUGUGA